AUGGCGGCCAAACCUCUCCGCGAACGCUUGUCCGGCACCUGGCGCCUGGAAUCCUACAUCGCCAACCCAACACCGGAAUCCACUGUCCAGAGGCCAACUUAUCCGAUGACCAAGAACGUCACUGGCCUCAUCAUGUAUACCGUGGACGGCUACAUGUCUGCGCAGAUGCAGAUGCCUGGCCAGAAAGGCUUCGAUGGCAAUGCGGAAUCGCAAUGGGCCGAAGCAGCGAAAAGGUCCUUCACUUACGCCGGUCCAUUCUAUAUUUCCAACGAAGGACCUGGAAAGGAAGAAGUCCUCAGGCACUCCUUCGAGCUUUGCAUUCUUCCCAAUCGUGUUGGCGAGAUCGAGAUUCGAUCUCAUCAUUUUGAGGAGGAUGAACAGGUUCUUGUCCUGGGCGGCGAGGAGACCACCAUUAUCAAGGGCGACAAGCGCGUCCCUGUGCUGCGAUGGCGGAGAGUGAAGGAGAAUACGGGAACUUUGCCGCCGGCUGCUUUGCCUGAGAUCAAAGUGGGUUGA